AUGGUUCACUAUGCAAGGAAUCUCUUUAUCUGGAGUGCUCCUAGAGACUUAGUCCCAGGGGUUCAGGCAGUUGAAGGAAAAAUGCUGGUCCUUGUCUGCUCCAUGGCUGAAGGCGCAGGGGAAACAUUCUCCUGGCACAGAGAAGACAUAAAGGAGAGUCUGGGGAGGAAAAGCUAGCAAUCCCAGAGAUCAGAGCUGGAGAUCCUUGUUAUCAGGGAAAGCCAUGCCAGGGGAUACUUCUGUACAGCUGAUAAUAGCCAUGACCUCAUCCAGACUAAGACAGUGAAUAUCACUGUGAAAAGUAAGUAUCCCAAUGUCACAUCCUUCCUCACUAUCAGGGCUUCUGGGGUCCAAGUCUUCAUUGGAGACAUGGUGGAGCUCCACUGUGAGGACAAGAGAGCAUCUCCCCUGAUUCUAUAAUGCUUUUAUCAUGAAAAUAUCCCCCUAGGGAACAUCUCACUGCCUUCUAGAGAAAUGCCCUUUGACUUCUCUCUGACUGCAGAGUAUUCUGGGAACUACCCCUGUGAGGCUGACAAUGGCUUGGUGGCCCUGCACAGUGAGGUGGUGGCACUCAAUAUCACAACAUCACUGGCCUACCACUUCCCCUAUUUCCUUUUCACUUUACAUCAUCAGAUAUGUGUGAAAUAG